AUGGCGUCUUCAGGUUAUGUUAUGUUUAUUUUGUUUGCUAUGAUCGUUGGAUCAGCUCUUUCUCAGUCACCCACCGGUUCUCCGACGAUAUCUCCGGUUGCUUCUCCGGUUUCAUCACCUCCUUCUCCGACGAUCACUCCUAGCUCUGCACCAACUGAAGCUCCGUUAGCUUCUCCACCUGCUCCCCCUACCUCUCUUUCUCCCGGUGGUUCUCCGGCGUCUUCUCCGUCGUUUAUUCCGUCCACUCCGACUGGAUCGCCGACUACUUCGCCGCCUAGUGCUGCUACGUUUAAUAGAGUUGCUGUUGGAUCUGUGGCCGUGGUUAUGUUUGCUGCGGCUUUGGUUAUGUAG